GGUUGAUCCACAGCUAUUCAUCUGGCUGUCGAGGCCGACAGGAUCCGUGGUUGUCUCUGUCCUGGAGGCUACGUGACGCCCUUCCUGGGAGCCCAUAUCCAGUGUCCUCUGGGGAGGAGCGGAGCCAACCUCAGGACCGAUUGACCAUGACUUCUAUAAAGGAGCAGGCAGCAAUUAGCCGGCUCUUGAGCUUUUUACAGGAUUGGGACAAUGCUGGAAAAGUCGCAAGGAGUCACAUCCUUGACAAUUUCAUUGAAAACAACCAAGGCAAGACUGCCUCUGAGCUGGAGCAGGAGUUUUCCCUGGGAGCCAGCUUGUUCCUGGUACGCUUGACCACCUGGCUUAGACUCACCUAUAUGACCGGCUCAAGCUUAGAGAAAGUUCUAAAGUCCAUUGGCAUCUUCUUAACAUCUGUAAACAGUAACCGGUACCUUAUAGAAUUUCUUGAGGUUGGAGGUGCCCUAACACUCUUGGAAACACUGGGGAUGGAGACGAUCAAAGAGGAGGACAAGAAGGAAUCCAUCAAGCUACUUCAGGUUAUUGCAAACUCUGGCCGGAAGUACAAGGAGCUCAUUUGUGAAAGCUAUGGUGUACGAUCCAUAGCAGAAUUUUUGGCAAAGUCUAAGUCAGAAGAGACCCAGGAGGAAGUGCAGGUUCUGCUGGAUUCUUUGGUCCACGGUAAUCCCAAGUACCAGAAUCAAGUGUACAAAGGCCUGAUAACGUUACUGCCCUCUGUGUCCCCGAAAGCUCAGCAGCUGGCCCUGCAGACGCUCAGGAGCGCCCAGUCGAUCAUCGGAGUCACACACCCCAGCAUCGUGGACUGCGUGCUGAACGUGCUGCGCUCGAUGCACCUGGAAGUCCAGUAUGAAGCCAUCGAGCUGAUCAAGGACCUAGUCAACUACGACGUGUGCGAGGCGCUGCUCAUCGGCCUCGUGGACCUGUUGACCCCACCGAUCCCGGAGACCAGCGAACUGCAGCCCAAGACCCUGAGCAGCGACCCUACGGCCCUGCAGCUCACCAGCCCCCACCAGCGCGCCGCCCACCUGCCCGCGUUUCUGCAGCAGGCCGCCGCCGCCAAGGCCAUCGGGGUCCUGGCGCGCGGCAACACGAGCCUGGCCGAGGAGAUGCUGCGCCUACGCGUGGUGCACAGCCUGAUGGCCGCCAUGGGCAACGUGGACCACAGCAACAGCCAGCGGCAGGCCAGCCUCACGCUGGAGUACUUGGUGCGGAUCUUCCCGGUGGUGGAGGAGCACGUGCAGAAGUGCAUGGGAGCGGAGCUCUACAAGCUCUUCCGCAGCAACGCAGAGGACUUGCACAUGAAAAUAGACAGCGUUCAGGUGGACAUCUUGGCAACCAACAAAGUCAAUGUGGCCAGAGGUGCGUGGGGAGCGCGGGGCCCUGGAGCACGGGUGCAGCCAGCACCGGACUCAGGCUGGCCUCCUGCUUCCAGAACUGUACCUGCGCGGCCAGGUCUACAGCAACAGGAGCUGUUACUUCUGCCCUCGGGAUCGGGAGCGGCUGCCUGACUCCACUCACUUCCUGGAGGAUGUGGACGGAAAGGAGUGACGGCCCGAGGCAGCCAGGAGGGCCAGGCGGGGAGGAGAGGCGGGUGGGCUGAGGGAGCCCGGGUCCCCCUCAGGGCGACUCCA